AUGCCUGCCAUACUGGUACAUGUCCCGCCAGCUCCUUUACUAAACGGCCAGCCGCGCAUAGAACAGAUGUCCCGAAUGCAGCAGGAUUUGGUGGCUGCUCACAUGACCAAGAGCGAUCGAUUCGAUAGGCCCGAAGCUCCAAAGAUGCUCAGGAGAAUAGCGGCCAAGGCGCGGAAGCCGCGUGUCGCGAUCGUCGGCGCUGGCUUCGCGGGGCUGAAAGCCGCGGAUAUCUUGCUGCGACACGGCGUCAACGUUACCAUUUUUGAAGCGCGGGAUCGCCUAGGCGGCAGACUGUUCCAGUCCAAAGUCGGCACGCACACUGUAGACAUGGGCCCGAAUUGGAUCCAUGGAACGCAGAACAAUCCCAUCUUAGACUUGGUACAUUCUACCGAGACAGCAACGCAUGACUGGGGCGAACGACAGGUUGCCUUUGGUCCGGACGGAACCGAGAUUCCAGAGGAACUAGCUGGAGAGAACGCAGAGAUGCUGUGGAGUCUCAUCGGUGAGGCAUUCAAAUACUCAAACGCAUGCAGUGCCCAAAUCAACGAGAAGACCAGCCUGAUGGAUUACAUCCGAGAUCAUGUCGAUGAAAAGCUAGUGUCACAAAUGAUGUUGAGCAAUGCCGACGCUGAAGAGAUGAAGCACCGCAAAGGUCUCGUGCUAAAGCUAGCCGAGAUGUGGGGAGGUUUCAUCGGUGCCACGACGAGCACGCAGUCCUUGAGGUUUCUUUGGCUAGAAGAGUGCCUCGAGGGUGAAAACCUGUUCUGUGCAGGCACAUACGAGAAAGUACUCGAGCACGUGUCCACACCAGCACUCAAGGCUGGUGUGGUCAAGCUUAAACAUGUGGUCAACAAGCUUAUCUCAACUGACGAGGCCAAGGUGACGGUUGGGCUCGAGGGCAGAGGAACCGAAACUUUUGACGAGGUAAUUGUGACGUGCCCGCUUGGUUGGCUGAAGAGAAACAAAAGUGUGUUUGAGCCAGAGCUACCGAAGAGAAUGAGUGAAGCUAUAGACGAGCUCGGAUACGGAAAUCUGGACAAAGUAUACAUCACUUUCUCGAAACCCUGGUGGGACAGUCCUGCAACUCAAACAAGCGAACUUACAGCCGCUCGGAUACAGGAAGCUAAGAGCGAGGCCCCUAAUCUGACGGCAACGACUGCACCACUGCGCCAAAUGACGCCGAUUGAACGUAGUAACGAGGAGCAUUACGUUGGAUUUACUACAUUUAUUGCGCCGGAGUACGCAAAGGACACCAAUCCGAAAGGGUGGAUACAAGAUUGCAUCAAUCUUGCCGCGCUACCCGCGGGCUGUGAACACCCAACGUUGCUGUUUUACAUCUCCGGACCAACAGCGGAUCAUAUCGCUAAAAUCCUGCGAGACCACUCAAGUGGUGGUAAAUCCAAAGUUGAUGCGGAACUGUGGCGCUUCUUUGAGCCGUAUGUAUCCCGUCUACCGAAUUACCAGCCAGGAGAUAAAGAAUGCCAACCAGUGGACGUUUUGGCAACUGGCUGGACCAACGACAAAUUCGCAGGGUACGGCUCGUACACAAACUUCCCCGUGGGAAGCACACGGUGCGAUGAGAGUGUUGAGUGUUUGAGAGAGGGAGCAGGCUUGGUCGAGAGAGGUGUAUGGCUUGCCGGUGAGCAUACUGCGCCCUUCGUUGCGCUGGGCACAGUCACUGGUGCGUACUGGGCUGGAGAAGCAGUAGCGAAGAGAAUUCUGGAUGCUUGGGGUGUUCAAGCAUGA